AUGAGCUCCGAUACUCACGACGGCGUUAAGCCAACGCCAGCUACCACAGAUGUUGAAGCGACGGUGCUUCAGGGCAAUGAAGAUCAUGAUGCCAAUCUCGUCACAGCCACAGAAGAAGAGAAUCUACAGCGCGGUCUUCAUGAGAGGCAUCUGUCCAUGUUGGGUAUCGCGGGUGCCAUUGGAACAGGUCUCUUCCUCGGUCUAGGCCAGUCUGUUCAAACAGGCGGUCCUUUAGGUGCACUGCUGGGUUAUGCGACUAUUGGUCUUGUUGUAUGCGCCGUGCAGUUUGCGCUUGGAGAAGUCGCUGCGUUGUUACCGGUCACUGGAGCGUUUGUGCGACAUGCCGAGUUUCUCGUUGAUCCAGCUUGGGGAUUCGCAAUCGGAUGGAAUCUGGUCUACGGCAAUGUGCUCUCCAUUCCAAGUGAGAUCACGGCUAUCUGUGUUUUGUUUGAGUUCUGGACUGAUCUCAAUCCGACGGUGUGGAUUGUCAUCUUCAUCGUUCUGACGACCGUGGUGGGACUCUGUUUUGUACGCAUCUUUGGAGAGGUGGAGUUCUGGUUCGCUCUUCUAAAGAUUCUACUGGUCGUCUUCCUCAUCAUUUUGGGCUUGGUCAUCAACUUGGGCGGUAUCCCUGGAACAGAGCGCAUUGGAUUCAGAUACUGGAAAACCCCUGGACCUUUCGUUGAGUAUAUUGCGAAAGGAAAUUGGGGCAAGUUCCUUGGAUAUUGGUCUGUCAUGACCAGCGCUGUCUUCUCCUUUGCCGGAGUGGAAUCUAUCGCUAUGGCAGCUGCUGAGACCAGGAACCCGCAGCGAGCCAUUCCCAAGGCUUGCAAGAACGUCUUCAUCCGAAUUCUCGUCUUUUACAUUCUGGCCAUUCUCAUCGUCGGUAUGUUGGUCCGAAGUGACGACGAGAGACUCAACAACCAGUCUGGAUCCGCAGGUCAGAGCCCGUUCGUUAUCGCAGCCUCUGCAGCUGGCAUCCCCGCAAUCCCCUCAGUCGUCAACGCCGUUGUCAUAACAUCUGCAUGGUCAGCUUCAAACCAGAGUCUUCUAGCCGGCACUCGUGUUCUCUACGGUCUAGCCCUCAAGCGACAGGCGCCUCAGAUCUUCCUCAGAACGACCUCGUGGGGCGUACCUUAUGUCUGUGUUCUUUUCUUCACCUGCUUCAUGUUCCUCAGCUUCAUGAGCUUAUCCAACGGAGCGAUGACAGUAUUCUGGUGGCUGGUUGACUUGACUGCGGCUGGAGUGUUGGUCUCUUGGGCUUCCAUCCUAUUCAAUCACAUACGACUACGACUGGCGAUGAAGAAACAAGGCAUCCCAAUUGAAAGGCUCCCUUGGCACAACUCCUGGACCUUCUACUCUUCGUGCGCGGGCUUGGCCAUGACGCUACUCAUCCUGUUCACGAGCGGCUUCAGAGUCUUCACCAAGGGUAAUUGGGAUCCGGUCGGCUUUGUCUCCUCCUACCUAGAUAUUCCUCUUGUGACUGCAGCGUACUUGAUCUGGAAGUUCUUAAAGAAGACAAAGAUCGUAUCGUUAUCAGAGAUCCCCUUGCAUGAGGCAUUCAAAAAGUCGGAAGAAGAGCUCAAUCAUACACGAUGA